ACGCCGAGACGGGAAUCGACGUUAUGGACGCGUUGCUUGAUGUCGCAGCGUUACUAACGGUGGGGUUUAAUUAGACCUAGACAAGUUUUAUAACACAGAUUCAUUGCAAACUACAUUUUAAAGUAGAAAUAACUUGUAUCUGAGUAUCUAUCCGCCGUCUUUGGGCGUAAUGGCCGACGCCAUUUUGGCUUGCAGUGACAUUACACAUAGGAAGAAACGUGCCGUUACGUGUAUGUAACAUUUUUGGUGCAUAUUUGUGAUUAUUUUGGUGCAAGGUACUAAACUGUGCGCCAUGGAAAAGUUACGGACAACGUGUGAGUGGUUGUGCCGUGUACUGGACUCGUGCUGUGUGCUUAAUAUCGGACAGAAGUAAGUUGCAACAUUGGGAGUUGGAAAUCCAGUCAACCCUACGUCUGCGGGAGUCGAACAAUACCCUUCGUCGGUUGAGCCCCAACUGCUAUCUUACCGUGGUGUAUCUGCUCUUCGCUGCGACUACGUCACGCGUAUCGGGACUCUAAAUGGAUUCACGUAGCGUAGUAACACGUGUGGUGCAAUAAACAAGAGUGUUUCAGUGUUAAUAUGGCCAAAAUUCUUAACAAGGACCCAGUCACAUACCAACGGGAACGUGACAGUUUCAUUCGAGAACUUAGGCAAUUCCACGAAAGCCGUGGGACUCCAUUUCGUAAAAUACCGAAGAUUAACGGCCAUGAAAUAGACUUAUAUCUUCUUUAUGUACUGGUUACAGCUCACGGAGGAUGGAUAAAGGUGAACAGCCGUUCAGAAUGGGAGACUCUGCUGGAACAGUUUGCACUUCCGAAACAAUGUGUGAACAGUGGCGUUGCUCUCAAGCAGAUCUACCUGAGGUACCUGGACCGGUACGAGAAGCGGCACUACCUGGGGGAGGACGUGGACCGGGACGGCACGGAUGACGAGGAGACCCGCCACCGGCGCUGGUCCGCCCGCGCCCUGCACUCCGUGCCGCUCUCCUACAACCACAACCAACACAACGUGUCUGAGAAUCUCCGGAACUACAAUGGUCUGUCAACAGAUCUGUACAAAGCAUCUGAUUACGAGCGCUUAUCUCUUUCAUUGCUUUCACCACUACCAAACGAGCAAGAUUUUGCUAUUAAUGUUUGUACCCUGUUAUCAAAUGAAGGGAAGCAUAUUCUGCAUCUUGAUAAGUGUCCUCGAAUCAUCAAUUUCCUGCUUGCCCAUGCGGGUGUCUUCAGCCAUCCAUCCUUGCGGCCACUAUUUGAAGAGGUGUAUGGGUCUAUCCGCAAUAAUCCGCUACGCCAGUUCUGGUUGGAUACCCUCGCUGAGCCAGAACUACGAGAUUUCACAGAUGAAACGAAGUUUCCACGACGUGGCAAGUCGAAGACAUGUGAAGAUGAUGACAGUCCUCAUACUGUGACAGAAAAAAUCUGUGUAGGUGGUGUUGACUUGGAAAUAGUUGUGAAGCGUAGUGCAAUAAUAUCGGCAUCUCAGCUGAUAGCAGAGGAAGGCAGUUCUCGGCCUGAUGAUGACAUGGAAUCAGACUGUGAUCAUCCUAUGGAAGGGCCACACAGACUUGAGAUUGCAGAAUCAGACCGUGACCUCUUCUGUUUAGGUCGUUCCUAUGGUACACGUGAUUGGUUUGGACAGAGGGUCCUUCAGGUAGCAACAAUAUUACGGAAUCUCAGUUUUGAUGAAGAUAAUGCAGCUGUGUUGGGACAAAGUUGUGCAUUUCUUCGCUUUGCAGCACUUUGUGCUGGGUCUAGAUGGUCUGGUUUGCAUGUUCUUGGACUAGACAUGUUGGGAAAUGUAGCAGCUGAAGUCCCUUUAUCUGAACCGGGUUCAGACAAACUCAGUGCAGGCCUAUUGGCAGUGGCAGCGAGGGGUUUGGCCUCCACUGAUCGUGCCAUUGUGCUCGCCAGCCUCGAACUGUUGAAUAAGCUGAGUCAGCGAGAAGAUAAUGAAGAUAUUAUGCUCAGAGCUCUUGAUCAAAAGGUUUAUGAUCAAAUUUGCUCAUUCCUUACGUUACAAGACAUUAUGCUACUGAUAUACACCCUCGAGUGCCUCUACUCUUUGUCAUCACUUGGAGAGCGUGCAUGCAAUUGUAUUGUCAGAGUUCAUGGAGCAGUUGAUACUUUGGUAUCUCUCAUCACUGUUGAGGCACAAAGCUAUGGCCCAAAGGCAUGCAUUUUAAUGAGGCUAGUUGAAACUGUCUCAAAUACACAUUCUGGAAUUGCACCUUCAACUUCGGGUGUUGGAGCACAAGGGUCAACAACAACAGCUGCUCAGAGUACUGCUUCUCCAUCUGUAUCUGUAGCAUCAACCAGCCAUUCCAGCACACCCUUGCAGCAGCAGCAGCAGCAGCAGCAGCAGCAUUCUUUGGGCCCAUCACUAACCUCUACACCACACAGGCCAUCGCCAACACCAACACAGCAUAGAAUACUCAUGACGUCCCAGGCAAACCUGCCUCCACCUCCACCACAUCCUACUGUCACACUUGCGCCAACAGUCAUCUCACAACAACAACAACAACAACAACAGCAGCAGCAGCAGCAGCAGCAGCAACAACAACAACAACAACAACAACAGCAGCAACACCACCAUCACCACCACCACUUGCAGCAGCAGCAGCAUCAUCAACAACAACAGCAACAUCAGCAGCAGCAGCAGCAACAACAACAACAACAACAACAACAACAACAUCAGCAGCAUUCACAGCACCAGCACCAUCUUCAGCAUCAACCUCAGCAGCAACAGCAUUACAGUGUGCAGCAGCAGCAGCAACCAAAUGCCCCUCACCAGCAGCAUACAACACAGCAAGCAGUCCAGGAAAAUGAACAGUUUGCUCUGGCAUGGCUACGUGCCACUUUUGAGACUGCACCAGUCACUUACCGCAUAGAACAGGCUGAACUCUAUAAACAGUAUCUUACAGCUUGUGCAAGAGUUGGUCGACGUGGCGUCAUAGCUCCUCUACACUUUCCUCGUUGUGUUCGGUCCGUAUUUGGUGGUUCAGUGGGUCCAAAUUUACAACGUGCACCAGGAACAUCGACUGUCCUCGCAGAUGCACAGUACAAUGCGUUGGCCUUUUACGAGGGCAUCAAGGUGCGCGCCAACACGUGUUCUCCUACAGCAACACCUAUUACUUCAUCUCCCCGCACAGAGACUCCACCACUGGUAGCUGUUGCAGUGGGUUCGCCUGCUCCCUGUCAGACGCCACCUCCUACUGUUUCCUCACCAUCGCCUGUCCCAACUCGACCUGUUCUGGCACCAUCACCUUCUAUCUCUCCUGCAGCUUCAGUACGAUCCCCAGAGUCACUGGCACUGGAUGCCCCAUCCCCGUCAUCACCUAUCCUCAAAGCACAGCUAAGUGCUCCACCAAAACCCAGGGAAGCUUCCAAGGGAGAUGCCAAGAGUCAGGGCUUCACUGGCUCUAACACUAGAAGUGGAGGUGCUGUCAGCACUUCUGUUCAACAGCAGCAGCCGCAGCAACUCCAACAGCAGCCGCAGCAGCAGCAGCAUCAACAACAACAACAACAACAACAGCAGCAGCCAGUGCAACAACAGCAAACACAACAGCAGGCCAGUAAUACGCCCAGUACAAGCAGCUCCUCCCUCAUCAAGAGCCUGCUGGCAACUAAGGUAACACCUCCUGGUGUGGACUGCAUGAUGCCUGCACCUGCCACUGUGUGUGCCGCAUCCUCAGAUAGCCAGCUGCGACUGACAGCACAGGUCACUCAGCGACAACAACAACAAAGAUUACUACAGCAACAACUACAAGCUGACACUCCCUCAGGAAACCAUUCUGUUGCAAGUCCUGUGGUCAGGAAAGUGCUGGUUGGUCCAAUUUCAGCUGGUACACAGCUGCAAUCUGCUAGCAACUCAAACAAAGUUUCUGUAUUGUCAUCAGACAGGCAUCGAGCCGCUCGCAUCAAUGGUGUAAGAACUCCAGUGCAGCAAGUACAAUUACAAGGGCAGAAUGAUGUUCCAAAAGAUGGGAAUGGAACUGUUCCUGUUGAGAUUGAUGGUAUUCAGGCAACCACUUGUCUCAGCUCUGAUGGGCCAGGCAGUGGAAGUGCAGCAUUGCGAGGGCGUCGUGAACCACCACAGCCGCCACCUCCUCCAUUGUUGGCUACAACUGAAGACUCCAACUCUACAGGGAACAGCUCGCUGGCAUCGAGUGCAGGCAGUGCUAGUUGUACAGGCUCAAUCUCCAGUCUAGGUGCAGGAGGCACGCAAAUAAUUGUGGAAGAUGGGGAGAACUCUUUAUCGAGUUUUGAAGGCAUUCUUCUGAAUGGCAUCCCAUCAUCAUUGGAUAUUGAUGUUGCUUCUGAUGACACAAAUUCGAAAGAUUCAUCUCGCAGUUCAACUGCUGUGGUAGCAACAAAAGUUAUGUCCCAACAGCAGAAUGCUAAAAGCAUGAUGUUAGCAGAUCUCCUUGAAAAGAAACCAGAAAGGAAGGACCCACCUGUACUAAAUGGUGUCCUGGGAAAGAGUUUUGAACUAGUUGAGAACCACCUAGAAAAGGUACUGAAGGAUACGACAACAUCCACUGUCCAGCAGCCACUGCCUGGAGGGAGAGAGAAUGCUGCAAGUGCUUCACAACAUCCCAAUGGCAGCAGUGAUGGACUCCCGUAUAAAACAGUGGGAACUGUGACUGAUCGUACAGAGAUGACCCACUCACUGGAGGGAAACUCGCAUCAGAUGCAGCAGCAACAUCAGCAGCAUGCACUAAAAAGGCCAGCAGAUGAGGCAGGUCUCACCAGUGUGGAAGUAGAAACGAAGCGCCCGCACCUGGAGGUUAAUGGUAAUGCGUCACCUUCUCCAGCACCCUCUCCAUCACCUGCAUCUGCAGACACUGGAGUUCCAAGUUCGUCAGCAGCAAAUCUGUAUGCAGCACUGGCCGCAUCAGCUCUAGAGGGAGAACUGGACCAACCAGAGUUGGAAGUGGUUCCUGUGCCUCAACAGGCUGCAACUCCGACACCACAGCAGCAACACCACCAGCAACAGCAGCAGCAGCAAACAGCAGGAAGCAUACAGCUUGGCCUAAGACAGGUUUUUGAGACUGCAACAGUUCAUGGCCCAGGCGGGCAGUCACAGCAGGUAAUUGUUGCACCACGUCACGUCAUUGUCUCCCAGGCAGGAAAUCUGUUGGCAGCACAGCAGCAAGUGCUAAUUGCAACUGGUUCAGGCAAUGUCACCAUAGCAGGUGGAAAGCCACAAGCUACUGGAACUCCUGGCACUCGUACACAGGUGGUACUGCAGCAAGCAGGUGGUAGUCAGCUGAUUCUGAGCCCAGGUAGCGUGAGUGGUGUUGGGGGACAGUACCUUCAGGCAGGCCAGGCAUAUGUUGUGCCCCAGACAGCUUUGGUUCAAGGUCAAGGACAGACUGUGCUGGUGGCACAGACAGCACAGCAGCAGGGUACUGGCACCAAGACCAUAAUCAUCCUGCAACCACAGACAUCUUCCCCAGCACCAGGAAACUCCCAGGGCCAGAUACCUCUCCAGCAGCAUCAAAAGGUGAUGGUUACUCCCCAGGGGCAGCCUGUAGUGGUGACACAGGUGCCACGGCCUGCACCACAGCCACCUCCUGCACUGGUGCCAUCUUCAACAGCUACUUCGUUGUCUCCUCCUCCAGUCCGGCCAGCAUCUCAACCUGUUCACAGACCUGCCCCAGCCCUAACACCGUCCAGUACUGCUGGUGCUAUUCCUGUAACAACUGUGGUGAGGGCAAGGACAUCACCACCAGUCUCCGUCCCUCGUCCUCCUUUCCAGCAAACAGUUUCUACCACAGUUCGUCCCAGCCUUGCCCCAAGCUCUCAAGUUGCAGCAAAGGUAGUAGAAUCGCGGACACCUCAGGUGCAGUCGGUUCAGCCCACUGCAAACAACACCAGUUCUGGAGGAGGAUCGAACAUAAUUGAAAUGGUUCGACCUCAUACGCCCUCACCUUCUCCUUCUCCAUCCCUUCCUCCUUUGGCACAGACUUCUACUGUAAUGACACAAGCCAGGUCAGUUGUCAGUGUCAACAGCACAAUGACAACUCCAUCAAAUGCUCCACAGAAGCCAUUGGGUGUUCCUACUGUUGAUGCAUCUCAGUUCCUCUGUGAGUGGAGAGGGUGCAUGAGGAGUUUCAAGUCUGCCAACCAAGUAUACAUGCAUGCAUGUGAGGCACACUGUCCAAAGGGCAGUGAAGAAAUUCAGUGCUUGUGGGAGCGUUGUGAUGCCAUGAAAAGGAAGCGCUUUUCACUAAUGACUCAUUUAUAUGACAGGCAUUGCAAUGCAGAGGUGCUUCGUAUGAUGGCAGUUCGGCGGCGGCAACUAUCACAGAGUGGUCGCAGUGAGAUUCCACCCCCACAACCACCGCCUCCUCAUCCUGGUUAUGCCCCAAAUGCAGCUUUUCAUGCAAUCAAGAGACAUGCUCUUGAGUUUGUGAACCCCAAGGAGAUGAUGAGGCCUGUCAGAUCGGGCCCUACAGCUGUCCCGCUUCCCACCAGACCCGGCCCGAGUCCGGCCGAGCAGGAUGAUAAUGAGGGUCCUGUUACAAAAAGCAUAAGAUUGACUGCAUCUCUCAUUCUUCGGAACCUAGUCAUCUACUCUACAAAUGGAAGGAGGUUUCUUCGCAGUUACGAGCCUCAUCUUGCGGGCAUAGCGCUAAGCAAUGUGGAAUCAUCGCGAACUAUUGCACAGGUGCUGUAUGACAUGAAUCAACAAGCAGGCCAGAGGUGACCCAUCUAGGAGCAUCAUAGUGCAGCAGCAGUAUGUGACUUUUCCACUGUCAUCUGUUCAGCUCAUAUUUAUUUCCUUCCCCAGCUUCACUGUCUCUUCUACAUUUCUCAGCUGUCACGUUUUAAUACUUCCCUUUUUAAUCGUGGGGCAGGAGUUUUAGUGGUGUAUGUGAAAUGUUUGAAGUGUACAAAUGUUUAAAACGCUUGGAAAGUGAGUAUAUAAUAGACUUGUUAAAAGUGAAGCUAGAUAACUGUGUAAAAACUUUGAAUGUAUAAUAUUAGUGCGAUGACUGGAAAUUUUUUUACGAAAUAUAAUUUAUGAUAACCGCUGAACAGUGAAAAAAGAAUGGUGUGUGUUGGACUGUGCGGGAUGCCUCAUGCCUCCUUAAUGACGUGGACCUAAGAGGCAUGCAGGUAUCUCAUUCUUAGUAUUUAACUGACAUAAAAGUCCUGGGAUGUCAGAAAAUGCCAUUUAUUUCUCAUUUUUUAUGUAAUUUGUGUUAUGUGUAGCCAUGGAAAUGGAUGUGCAAUUCUUUUUCUAGUAUUUAUUGGAAAAAUGUAGAUACACAAGUCAUGUACAUAGCUAUGAACAUAAGCUUUCAAAUAAAAUUUCUGUACUGUGUACGGAUUUAUCAGCUCUGUGAAAAAUUUGGAUGUGUACAGACAAAAUGGAAAAAAAUUAUUUGCUGAUGGACAUUACAGUUCUUUUACUUUCUUUUGUAUGAAAUCCUUGAACGAAGAACAUGCAGCCCAGGUUUGGUAAAAAGGAAGAGAAAGAGAGAGAGAUAGACUGUGUUACCUUAGUUCUGCGUUCAUACGGCAUAGAAGUGUCAUACUUUAUCACUGGAUUACAAAUAUAACUCAAUUGAUCACAUUUUAUAAACCAGUAUUAUCAACAGGAUUUGUGAAAAAAGAAAGACACAGAAAAAAGCUGAUACUGAUUAUGUGUUGUUUUUAAUACAGUCAGUUGUGGCUAACUUGAAAUACGAUAAAACAUUAAAAAGAUAUCUGCUUUAUAUAUCAAUCCUAAAAUGACUUGUUUCUGCAAUGAAAAGUUUUAUUCUAAUGCCAUAGGUUAUUGUUUAAUGUGAUACAAUCAUUCCAUAAGGAAAUGUGAAUGUGUUGGCUGCAUUGUAGACAAGUGUCAUGUAACACGCAAAAUUUCAAACAGCCCAGACUUUCUGUUUAUGUAUGACAUGGGCAACAUAAAAUCGAGCAUUACUGUGGGCACAGCAUUUGGCACAUUCUCAUGUACUUUUUAUUGACUGUUAUUUAUUUUAUAUUGAAGAGUAGAAAAAUUAGAGGCACUGUAAAAUGUCCACCAGAAUUCAGAAAUAAAUAAUUGCAUUUA